GUCGGCGGGGGAGGACUGGAGCCGGAGGAGUCUGCUUGGCCACUGUGUUUCAGUGUCUCUGCUUUUCCUAGAGCUGGACUGAGCCGCCAAAGGGGGAAAACAACAAAUUUUUUUUUUCUCCCCACCCCCACGAGAAGCGCUAAUUUGGAAGCCCUUUGCCUCGCCGCCCAGCAGCCCCUCGGGGUCGAGGGGGGCUUGCCGCGCAGACCCCCCGGUGCUAUUCUCCUGCUGCUGAGGAAAUCGGAGCCGAACCUCCCGCAGCGCUAGGUCCAGUUCACACUGGAUUGGGGGGGGGGGAAGGUUACAGGAGUGGCGCCCAUGCACUUGAAGAGGAGUAUAGUCACCAACCACGUUGUAGAAGUGCCGACCCCAGGGGGGACCAAGCAGACUCUGUGUCAGCCAGUGACUAGUUUGGAGGAAUCGAUACAAUUUGUCCAAUGCUGACCGGGAUCGGAAGCUAAGUACGGGUAGGGAAAGCAGACUCCAUUGGCCAGCAGCGAACGGGACAACCGCACCCAGCGCUCCCCACCUCUCCUCGGGGGCGAGGCGCUCCGAGGAUCUGGCUGCCUGCAGCCACCGACUAAUAAUCGAUGCCAAGCGGUUUGCAACCCGGCUUCUCCAUGAGUCCCUGCUGCUGAGGCGCUUGCACCCCGCGGCUCGUGCCCCCCUCCCCCCGGCAGCCAGGCCGCUUGCAAAUGGCUUCGUUUGCUGAGGCGGACUUCCAGCUAUGCCCGCUGUGCAAGGAGAUGUGCGGCUCGCCGGCUCCCAUCUCCUCCAACUCCUCCACCUCCUCCUCCUCCUCGCAGACCUCCAACUCCUCCUCGGCCGGGGGUUCGUCCUGCGCCCCGUCCCGCCGCCUGCACGUCCUGCCCUGCCUGCACGCCUUCUGCCGCCAGUGCCUGGAGGCGCAGCGCCAGCACCCGGGCGCGGGGGACGCACUCAAGCUGCGCUGCCCCAUCUGCGACCAGAAGGUGGUGAUCUCGGAGCCCUCGGGCAUGGACGCGCUGCCCUCCUCCAACUUCCUCCUCAGCAACCUGCUGGACGUGGUGGUGGUGGCGGCCGCCGCCGCCGAGGAGCAAAAGAACAACGGCCGGGGAGGCGGCAGCGGCAGCAACAACCGGCACCACCAGCCCCGCCCGCCGCAGCAGCAGCAGCACCGCGCGGCCGGCAGCGGCUCGUCCCCGCCGCCAGCCUCUGCUGCCUCCUCGUCCCCUCCCUCCCUACGCGGGGCGGCCUGCGGCUCGCUGCUCCCUCCGGCGCCGCACAGACCGCAGGGCGACCGCUGCAGCUGCGACGAGGGCAACGCGCAACGUUUGCGCUGGGACUGCCAGGAGCACCUGGUGCGACAACGCGUGCGGCGCACCAGCGCGUCCCGCCUCACCAAGGACCACUUCACGAGCGCUCGGAGGGGCGCCCGCCAGCGCCGCCGCGCCGCCCCCGGGCCGGCCGCCCAGCUCGCCCUCGGCCAGUCCUACCCCGCCGCGCCCUACAGCAUCCUCGCCUCCGUCUUCCCGGACCGGACCAGCUACUGCCAGCACCACGACGACGAGGUGCUGCAUUUCUACUGUGACACUUGUUCUGUCCCUAUCUGCCGGGAAUGCACCAUGGGACGACAUGUGGGUCAUAGCUUUAUCUACCUCCAAGAUGCCCUCCAGGAUUCCAGAACCCUCACCAUUCAACUUCUAGCAGAUGCUCAGCAAGGACGCCAGGCUAUUCAGCUGAGUAUUGAACAGGCCCAAGCUGUGGCAGAGCAGGUUGAGAUGAAAGCAAAGGUGGUGCAGUCUGAAGUCAAAGCUAUGACAUCUCGACAUAAGAAGGUCCUGGAAGAACGGGAGUGUGAGCUGCUGUGGAAGGUGGAAAAGAUUCGUCAAGUCAAAGCCAAGUCCCUUUACCUGCAAGUUGAAAAGUUGCGUCAGAAUCUAAAUAAACUGGACAACACUAUUAGUGCAGUUCAGCAGGUCCUAGAGGAGGGUCGUAGCAUGGAUAUUCUCCUAGCUCGGGAUCGCAUGCUGGCUCAAGUGCAGGAGCUGAAGAAUGUGAGAGGUCUUCUACAGCCGCAGGAGGAUGACAGAGUCAUGUUCACUCCUCCUGACCAGGCUCUGUAUAUGGCCGUUAAAUCAAUGGGGUUUGUCAGCAGUGGGGCUUUUGCUCCUCUGACCAAAGCCACUGGGGAAGGUCUCAAACGUGCACUACAGGGCAAAGUGGCCUCCUUCACAGUGAUAGGCUACGACCAUGAUGGUGAACCACGCCUUUCGGGGGGCGAUAUGAUCUCUUCAGUGGUGAUGGGCCCUGAUGGAAACCUAUUUGGUGCAGAUGUCAAUGAUCAGCAGAAUGGAACCUACCUGGUCAGUUACAGACCACAGCUGGAGGGAGAGCAUCUAGUCUCUGUCAUGAUGUGCAACCAGCACAUAGAGAACAGUCCGUUCAAGGUCAUGGUAAAAUCUGGGCGCAGUUACAUUGGCAUUGGACUACCAGGGCUUUCAUUUGGCAGCGAGGGAGACAACGAUGGCAAGCUGUGUCGCCCCUGGGGAGUUUGCGUAGACAAAGAAGGAUACAUCAUGGUUGCUGAUCGCAGUAAUAACCGUAUUCAGGUGUUUAAGCCCUGUGGCACCUUUCACCACAAAUUUGGCACUUUGGGUUCCAGGCCUGGUCAGUUCGAUCGCCCUGCUGGUGUUGCCUGUGAUAUCUCGCGUAGGAUUGUCGUGGCUGACAAGGAUAAUCAUCGCAUCCAGAUCUUUACAUUUGAUGGGCAGUUCAUUCUGAAAUUCGGGGAAAAGGGAACCAAGAAUGGGCAAUUCAAUUACCCAUGGGAUGUGGCAGUCAACACUGAGGGCAAAAUCCUGGUCUCUGACACGAGGAACCAUCGGAUUCAACUGUUUGGACCUGAUGGUGUGUUUCUGAAUAAAUAUGGCUUUGAAGGGGCACUCUGGAAGCACUUUGAUUCUCCAAGAGGUGUAACUUUCAAUCAUGAAGGUCAUCUGGUAGUGACAGAUUUCAACAACCAUCGCCUCCUGGUCAUCCAUCCAGAUUGCCAGUCAGCACGCUUCCUUGGGUCAGAAGGCACCAGCAACGGCCAGUUCCUGCGCCCACAAGGCGUGGCUGUGGAUCAAGAGGGUCGCAUCAUUGUGGCUGAUUCUAGGAACCACCGAGUGCAGAUAUUUGAGUCAAAUGGUAGUUUUUUAUGCAAAUUUGGCACUCAGGGAAGUGGCUUUGGUCAGAUGGACCGACCUUCAGGUAUAGCUGUCACCCCUGAUGGCAUGAUUGUUGUGGUUGACUUCGGAAACAAUCGAAUUCUCGUCUUCUAAUCUGUGUUAUCUGAAUUAGGAAGAAACUGUCUCAGGGAAAUUCUUUUUAAGAGAACGAAAAAAUACAACGUUAAUUCAAACCUACCUCAUCUUUAAUUUUUUACAGAUGAAUGUACUUAUCUUUUCUGCAGGGAGUGAUCCUGUAAAGUUAAAUUCUAUCUACCUCAUUAUCUUUGUGUUCUCCUCCUCCCCCCCGCCCUCCCCCAGCAGUAAGUUUUACCUCUUCCCCACAUGGGGCAUCAUGCACAAACAUGUGUUGCUGUGCACAUUAGGUGGUUGCAUGAUGAAUUCUGUAGACAAAGCCAAAAAGGCGCGCUCUAAUUUUUUUUAAUGGGGGGGGGGGUGGAAUCAGUAGCAUUAGAUAUUUGUAGAGGAUUUGUGUUCUUGAUCAUACUGUGGUUUCGUGGGGGGGAGGGUUGUUAGGUUUUUUGUUUUUUUUUAAAUGCUGCUGCAGCAGAGAACUUUUUCCUGUUCUCCUUUUUAUACCUCAGUGUGUUUGAUUUAUCGUUCAACAUAGUGUCUUGUUCCCAGAAGACUUUGAUCUUUUUGUGGAAGUGGGUGGGGUUCACUAGUCAGGAAAAGCAAGUUUGCUUUUUUGCAUAUGUGUUUUGAAAAAUGCAGUAAUCCUACAGCACAAAGUGAAACCCCUGUGAAAAUGCACAAAUUGCUUGUGGGGUUGUGGGAGGGAAUCAUUUUUGGUGACUUAGUGUAGUUGUCAUAAAAAGUUUAAUGAAAAAAGCAGGACUUUCUGUAAUGUGUUCUCUGUUCUAUAAUUUCUUGAUAGCCUUUUGUCUGAUUAUUAGUCUCAUUUUAAAAUAAGGUUCCAUUCUUCCUUCUGUCAUAUGUAUGUCACUGUUAUGUGUAUCGAUGCCUGUUAACAAGGAGCAUCAAAACAUGGAAGAAUUGAACCCUGGAGUUAAAAUUUGUUUCAUGUGAAAUGGCUGUGGUUUGGUUUGGUUUUGUUCCCAUAAAGGCUUUAGUUAGGGGAGUAAAGAUUAAUAAGUUUGUCAGGACAAAGUAAAUUUUCCCCAAAAUAAACAAAGCACAACUUUGGAAAUUCAGGGUGCAUUUCAGAGAAGUCCACAUUUUAAAAAAAUCAGAUCACAAAACCAGUCAGUGACAUCAGCUGAACUUUUU